GCUUGGUCCACGCCACGGCUCCCUUACCUAGCUAGGAGACCAUGUCGGCCCAGGACAACUGUCUCAGCCUCGUCAAGUACCUCCUCUUCGUCUUCAACCUCUUCUUCUUCGUCCUAGGGAGUUUGAUUUUCUGCCUCGGAAUCUGGAUCCUCAUCGAUAAGAACAGUUUCGUGUCCUUUGUGGGUUUGUCCUUCCUGCCCCUGCAGAUCUGGUCCAAGGUUCUUGCGGUUUCUGGACUCAUCACCAUGGGCGUCGCUCUCCUAGGCUGUGUGGGGGCCCUCAAGAAUUUUCGCUGCCUCCUGGGCCUGUAUUUUGGGAUACUGCUGCUGCUCUUUGCCACACAGAUCACCCUGGGAAUCCUCAUCUCCACUCAGCGGGUCCUGCUGGAACGCAAAGUGAAUGAAAUCGCCAUGAAGACCAUUCAGAAUUACCACUCGGACCCCAAAAACACGGAGGCUGAAGAGAGUUUGGACUAUGUGCAUUUUCAGCUGCACUGCUGUGGCUGGAACUCUCCUCAGGACUGGUUCCAGAUCUCCAGCCUGAACCGCAACCAGUCGGUCGAGCCCCUCGUGCCUUGCUCCUGCUAUAACGCCUCCAGGACCAACGACUCCGCAGCUGUCGACAGACUCUUGCCCCAGCCCAGCCGUCUGGAGCAGCUGGCCGGAACCCGAUACAGCACAGACAUUUGCACCAUCUCCGCAGACCACAUCUAUCAAGAGGGCUGCGCGCGGAGCCUCCAGAAGUGGCUGCACAACCACCUCAUCUCAAUAGUGGGGAUUUGCCUGGGCGUCGGUCUCCUAGAGCUCAGCUUCAUGACGCUCUCCAUAUUCCUGUGCAGAAACUUGGACCAAGUCUACGACCAGCUCUCUCCGUACCACUAGGGCCUUGAACACUUCCAGUGAGUGCCCUGGGCACCCCUCCGCUGCCUGUAAAUAUUUA